CGGCGCCGCCCCGGCCGUGGGCGCCGAAAAACGAGUCCCUAAAAACGGGGCAGCUUGUUUUUAUUUUCAGUAACCCCUUUUUUGUCUUUUCUGACGUGUGGGUUGGUCGCGGCGGUGGCGCCGCGGCCCGCGCUGAGGACGGGAAAUGUCUCGUGUGUUAAAUUCUUCUGCAAGGGGGAAAAAAACAUUUCUAUUUUUUUCUCACAAGCUGAAGUGCCAGAAAACUUUUUGAGCAGCAAAUCCAGACAGAAACGCUUAGUCUGCAGUGCUUCUGUUUUUCUGUUCCUGUUAAUUUCCCGCAGCUGUUCCGUUCCCGGCCCAGCAGAGGACUCUGCAAAAGUGCGCUUCGUGCCUUUAGAAAGAGGAGCACGGGCGUGUUCUGGUUUCGCCUUGCUGCAGGAGCUGUGACCCGCGGCUCUGGCAGCCCCGAGCGGUCGGUCGUCUGCACUGACGCUGCGCUGCGGACCGCCGCGCCGGGGCUGACUGCUGGGUGUGCUCCGAAAUACUCAUCCGAAACCUCCGGAUGAGCCUGGAAAGGGGGAGGCCGGGGCCGUCCUUCGUGGUUUGCUUGAGCGUUUGCCCGUGAGAGGUCGGGGAGCAGCAGAGCUGGCGCCUUUUAUUGCAAAAGCUUUGAACCAGAGGAGAAAUGCAGCCAGCAGUUUCGUUCAGUGGCAGCUUCUGCAGGACGCGGGAGGGGCGGCUGGAGGUGAAUAGUGACCCUAACUGUGACAGCACAGAGCAGAAAGGUUAAAAUAAUCCUCUUUUAUCUGUGCCAGCAAAGUGCGUUACUUGCUUCUGACCAGGAAUUUGAUAUGAUUGAAGAAGUGUGGUUAGAAACUGCUUCUUUUGAUAAACAAUCUUGUGCGUUCCAGCUAAGAAAGGUAGGAUGGGUCUAAAUACCCCGGGUUCGGAGUCAGGACCGCUGGAAUCGCUUCCUUUUGCUGUCGUUUGUGCAAACGUACUCGUCGUUUCUAGGAAGAGCGAAUAAGGGCACAAGAAUCGCUCUUUACAAUUUAAUUGCCAUUUUUCUUCACGUAGGGAAUGCAGUGCCUCCAUUUCCAUGGCUCUGGACCGCCACUCGCUAACGCCGCGUCUGCCGCUCUGCGUCUGUAAAACCGCUCUGACGUAUUCCCAACACCCAGGGCCAUCAGUCAGGGCAGGGAAGAGUCACUUCAAAGAUAUGGAUAGCUUAGAGGCAAAGUCAGCCCCAUGGCUUCCACUAUUAGUAAUUUGUCAGAGCUCUUUCCAGAAUGAUGGAGGGGCAAAUGUUUUUAAAAAUGUAUUACAGAAACUCAUUGGAACUAAUGAAUUACAAGAAAUGCUCACACUUCAUCUGGGUAAUUAUUCCUCUUUUGAGAAAGACUAGCGCUCUGAGUUACGCUUUUCCCAGAUAUACUCUGAGAUCUAGAUAACAGCUGCCGGAGAAGUCUUUUGCGAAGACGAGGAGUGAAGAUUAUCCCUAAGCAGAAGGAGAUGGUGACUGUGCCAGGACAAAGCAAGGGAAGGAGAGGGAUCACGGGUGUCUCCUCGUUUCCCAGAUGUGGAGACUGCUGUGUGUGUACGCCAGACCCAUGUCCCAGCACGCGCUGGCGUUGUGUUUUGAGGACCGUCUGAGACGCUGGACCCGUCGCUGCCGGUGCCUGCGCUCCGGCUCGGCUCGGUUCGGGCGUUGGGCCCCGCGAGUGCUCCGGGUUGUCCCCAGCGCCCCGCGCGCCUGGCUGGGCCCUGGGGACGGCGAGGGAGCUGCCGUGUUUGCAGGCCUGGCCACAAGAUGGCAUUCCCUGCUUGGCGGGCGACGCCGGAGAUGCUGCAACCCGCUCGCGUGCUCUGAGGGCAUCGUUUCCAUCCCGGGAGCUCCGAGUUGUACAUCUAGUGGUGUGCAUGUCCCACUGGCAUAAAACCAAGAAAUAAGCAGCUGUUUAAGGCCCCGUUCUCAGCAGUUGCUGCUCUUAUUUCCAAGCAGUUCAUUCAUAGCCGAUGAUAUCCAGCUGGAUAGAGGACACCAAGGGGACGUUAGCUUCACCUUGGUAGAUCCCAGGAGCACGUGGUGAGACCAGGUCUGCGGCCCGUCUCCGGUUUGUCUCGGCACCGUGUCCUUUGCCUCCCGGGGCAGGGGGGUCCUUUGGCGCGUGGCCGGCGGUGGCGUUUGCAGCCGGGCAGUGUGCGAGGGAAGCCUUGCCGUGCACGCGCGGCCAUGGGUUGAGGCUGCAGCAGGCACUCGUGUCCGCAGCUGGGUUUGCUGGACACUUCUGAUUGCAGGAGGUGGUUAGAAACUUGUCUUAUGCUUAACAAGUAUCUCAGGCUAAAUCUUGCUUGUUUGCCAUUUCAGGAACUGCCUCUCCCAAGAUAGAUACAUACCAAAUUAUAACUUUGAUAGGUCAAUGUCUGACUUUAUCCUCCGUCGGGUUCUUGCUGGUGCGGUGGUGCUGCCAAAGAGCAUGUCAGAAGUUGGUGCACACGUUUGGUCAAGCCGUGAGCCUUCGAGGGCGACUGCACUCGCUUCUCUCCAGGCUUUUUGGAGUUCUGCAAGCCCUUGCUGUCGUGUGAGCUGCCGCGAAAGGAGGAGCUGGGAAGGAGGACGUGGGAGUCCAUGUCACUUGUAACCUCUGAAAGCAAUUGCAGUGCACGGACUUCGCCGGGCCGUGCCGAGCAGAAGGGGUGACUGCGGGGCGGUUGGCGUUGGCUCUCCGGGGCAGGGCCGAAGCCCUGGGGCUCAGGGCAGUCUUGCAAAGCGGGGAUGGGACUUGUGUGCCCAAAGUGCUGGGGAGGAGUUUUUCCGAGCACGGAGUUACUGCCGGGCUGAGAUCUCUGCUCUGCGCUGCCGUUAGCUUUAGCAUCCCCAGGGAUCGGACACCUCGCGGGGAGGCUGGGGUUGCCUGGAGAGCCUGUUUUUGUGGCUGUUAGACUCUCUUAGCCAUUCAGUCUGCUUGGAAGCUCUUAGCAUUAUUUCUUUUACUCUGCUGUGUAGGAAAUUGAGUCUAUUUCUGUUUGAACACUUGGGUAAUAGAGCCUGCUAUUUAGUGAGAGAUUUAUGUAAAUGGCUCUUUGUUUCACACGAUUGGGCCUCGCCGUGUAAGUUACAUUGAUAACGUAAUUAUACCACUGCUGCCAUUUCAAAGCAGCGUGUUGCAGAGAAGCCUCCAAUCUUUGCACAGAAUAGGGCUUGAAAACCUUGCACUUUUUUCUAAUCAACUUUUAUUCUGCAGCAAGAAAAAAUAGUAGAGCUGGAUUGUAGAACAGCCUAUUCUGGAAUUAUAGAUCUUUUUAGCUCAGAACCCAAGAUUUCUUCUAAAUCGGAAUUUUAGAGCAACUAUUAUCGCUUGUAAUGAUUGCGCUGCCUAAACUCCCUUAGUCUUGGAAUGCAAUUUUCCCAUCUUUGCUCAUGCUUCAUAUUUUCGUUUAAUGUUAAUCUUUAUCUGGUAGUAAGUAUUUCUUCAGUCUGGCACCUGUAUUAACACAGAGGUUGCGAGUUUGGUGUCUUGUGCUUUAAAUUUUAGAUUUCAUAAUUCUUGUGGAUGUUGCUUGCUUUUUGUAAUGGGCGAUACAGGCCUGGUAGCCUCCUCUGGCUCCUCUUUGGGCAGAGCAGGUCUGAGUUGCAGCCUUGCUCUUGUACGCAGAUCCCUUUCUUUCAGCCUGGAAACAGCCCGUCUGCGCAGCCGAGGUGCGAGGCGGUUAUCCGUAGGAGGGGGAGGCGGUGGGAAGUCCUCGCUCCUGCCUCCUCCGGAGCAGGACGGCACGCUUGCUCCCUUGCCGAAAGGGGUUUGCACGCAGUGGUCGCGAGUGAUGUCCUAUUGCCGAGUCUUCCAGAAACGGUUGCAGGACGGUGAAACGUUGCAUGCGAUAUUCGGCGUUGGGGUGACGCUGUGCGGUCGCUGUCCUUCCUUUGCCUCGGGAAGCGGGUUGCAGGGUGAACGUGCUCGGCGGCGGGCGCAGGCAGCCCUGCAGGAACUGGGGACGCCGCUCGUCUGCGCGGAGCGGCCCGACGGGACCUGGAUCUGCCAAGCUGCUGCAAGCUGGGGUUAGCUCCGGGUUGAAAAACAUGUAUCCUAGUCCCAUGGAGAAACAUGUCACGGCUGUAGAAACAGUGGAAGAGAAAACAGAUUUGUCUACGGGGAUUAUUUACCGGAGGAGAAUUGCAACCUGUCAGAAUGUCAUUCCUGAAAUCUUAAGAAAGGUCAGUGUCUUAAAAGUGUCUGACAUCUACUUGGAAGAGGAAUCUUGGCUUAAUAUGCGGAAAAGAAAAAUGUCUAUGAAAACCCAUUGUCUUACGUGGACACAGUACGCGUCGCUAAGUGAGGAAUCCGUCUUCAGGGAAAGCUCGGAAAAUCCCAAUUGGACAGACUUCACACAGAAAGGCAGAAUAUCAGUUACAGGGGCAGGUUUGCUCAACUGUGUAUUGGAAGCUUUUGCUCAAUCAUUUCUAAAACAAGGUGUGAAGAAGGGUAUUAAAAUAAUGGAGACACUUCUUCAGGAGCAGUUUGGGUGAUCGUUCUAAUGAACAGUCAUGAAAAUGUAUCUGUCUGGAGUUUCACUGACACAGUGUAUCUUUAUUGCCAUCAGAAUUUCCAUGGAUAUUAUCAAAACUUUACUGGUACCAUCUCACUGAGGAAAGAGAAUUUAAUAUGCACAGCUGGAAGAAGAGAAGACCGCAAAUCCUUUACAUAAGAUUAAGGAAUCAUACUACUUAAGGGAAUGUGAAAAUCAUGGAGAAACAGAUGUAACCUUGGAAAUAGCGUCCUCCUGUGAAUUGGUGAUGUAAUCUCUAGAGACUAAGAAUCCAGUAAGGGAAAACAGAGCAACAAACCAAAAAUAGUCCUUGUUGCUACGAAGAGAUCCUUCUCAAGUCAACCAGUUGCUUUUCGUCUUAUCAAGGGAGAUGCAAGCAUCUGGGUUUUGGUUACUUCACAGCUUAAUUCUGUAGGAUAGAGAUUUUGUCCUACAAAAAUGAAGGUCAAUUCUGGUAGCUGAGUAGGGUUACUAUUCUCAGUUUGGGUCAACAGUGUUAAUUAUUUCAGUCCUGAUUGCUGUGUUAGAAAUGGUUGGUUGUUAUAACAAUGCCAGCAUGAUUAUUUUGGGUUGUAAAGACAUUCCUCAAUACAAGUUUUAAAGUGCAUAUAUUUAAGUGCAUAUUUUCAAUUCAAUUGAAACAACUGGAUUAUUCAGUUGUUUCUUUUCUUCGGCUUCUGAACAGAAAAGGAAAUCUGUAGGGGAAUUGAUAAAAUUUAAGUAAAGCUCUCAAGAAAGAGAAUCUCAUAUACUUUCCCUCCUUUUGUUACACACACUGCAACAGGAUAGUUUUAUUUUAAACUAUUUAUUUAAAAUUCAGAUAAUCCCAAACCAGAUUUGAUACUCUUAUUGAGGCUGAAUAGUAUCACACUCUACAAAUAGAGCCACUGAAAUCAUAGUGUUAAAAGGUGCAAGUAAGUACUUAUGAUGAGUAUAAGCAUAAUUGUUUUCACUAUGGAAGACUUUGAGAAGGGAAAUUUGAACAAAUCCAUACGCUCUUGUCAAGUGCCGGAAGACUUCUGUAUUUAAUGCCCUAGCGCAAGGGCUUUAAAAGCAAAGAUGACAUUAUGUUCAGCUUUUAAUGAGAACAUUAUUUGAUUUUAGGGAGAGACUUGAAUCACUGUUGCUAGAGGAAUUCAGCAAAAGGCGAAAUAAAGUUUCUGUGGAUUGAAGGAAAUGCUAUUAUUAGCUGACUAAUUGGACUAGACAAUGAAGUCCUUUCCAACCCUGUGGGCUAGAGAAGUGGCAAGAAACUUUUUUUUUUUUUUUUUUUUAAGUAAAAAGUUGCUUAAAAAGGUUAAGACUAAAACAUGCAUCUAAAAAGUGAAGCUUGACUUACAAGUUGCAUAUCCAGUAUUUGACAUGACAGAAAUAUCAUGGCAUGCCCAAGUGUGAAAAUUUAUCCCACUCAUUUCAGUUGGAAGAUGAUACAUAAAAGGACAAGCACUUGUACUAAGAAAAUGUGUUAAUGAAUUUGACAGUAAUCCUGGUGUUUUGGUAUCCUUCUCUCUCUCUCUAUUUUGUAAUUGUUCUGCGUGAUUCUAAAUUUUGGAAUAAUGUACUCCAGUUUUUCAUACUAUUUCUAUUCUUCAGAGAGACUUCUGAUCUUAACUGGAUGAUAUUUUAGCUUUAUCCUUGCAUAAUCUUGCAGGAGACUAAUGAAUGAAUAAUUUAAACACAGUAACAAAAAAAAAUCUUAAAGGAUGAUUCAUGCUAGGAAGUGUAGAGAAAAACUCCAUGUGAUAAGAAAUGUGUGAGGCUAGAUUAGCUCCUUUAGUAGCUUAUUGCUACUGACCUAUUUGAGAGUGCGUUCAGACCUCCCCCUUCUGGCACUGCUUGUCCUCUGAGAUUAUCCAGUUUUUAAAAUUGGUCUGAUGCAAGCAGCGUUGUGAAAAAUGCAGCAGGAGUUAUCUGGAAGCUCAGAUGGGACAACUGCGUAGAUCUGGUAGAAAACCAUAUUAAAGUUUAAAAUGGACCAGAUAGAGAAACAACAUGUAAGCAGUAGUCAGAUGACUACUUAACACUCCCAAGAUGUUCCACGAUGACAGUGUUUCUGUUUGAUUGAGGAGACAGGCUGCUUGAACAUAGCUCAUUCACUGUAGGACAAGCAGAUGAUUGUUGUUGCAUAGGCCAAGACUGUUGAGUCUCAAUUGUUCCGUCUCUUUUUGGGCCUCAAAUGAGCGACCGGCUUUUCAAAACCAUACAGCUCUGUUAACUUCUUGGGGUGGGUGGGUGAGUGCUGGAAUCCAGCAUAUAGGUGUAAUACCUGAAAUUGAAAGAAUCCAUAAAUAAAAUGUUGAAUUGAAGCUUUCUGAAGUCCAAGAGCCUGGGAAAUUGAGGGACAAACUGUAUUUCCAAAUACAAUUAAUCAUUUCUUAAUUAUAUUGAGUUUGAGCUCUGCAAUGAGAUGAAAAUGACUUAAUUAUAACAUGAGCAGUAGGAGUCCUUUUCGCUAAUGCAUUUGUUAGCACAUUUCAGCUGGCUAACUGCUUAUGGAAGGUAGUAAUCACCUUUAUAUGUUUGCUAGGCAUACCCACUGUUGCCUUAGUAAAUGACAUAGAGCCAUGAAUCUGGCAAGAAAGCAGUUUAUAUUGACCUGGAGGCCUGUUGCCAGUUCUACCAAGCCAUGCGAGGAGAUGUUGCUGUCUUAUUUUGUAUGUAUGUUAAUUGUUGGAUAGCUGUGCCCGUCUUCUUCUCAGACCACAACUGUGAAUAUUGUACUGCGGUGCCAUCAUGCAACUGUCCUAAGGUUUCAUGACCGCAAGCUAAAAUACAAAGUGUGAAGGUGGAGUACAUUUACUAAAUGGCAUCCCCAUUCUGCAAUAGCACACCAUGCUAAUUUUGUAUCUUUUAUAAAAUAAAAGAACUAGAAUAG